AUGGAGAAAUCUCAAAAUAAGAACCCAGCUCACCUCUCUCAGCAACAGGAACCCUGGAGUCGGCUCAGUGCAGCUCACACAAUCACCUCCAUAAUGCGGGAUGCAGAUUUUUUUGAUCCCAAGGCACCGCUGGAUGACCUGGAUUUCCGCUUAACAGCCCUGUAUAACCACCACACUGAGACAUUCAAGGACAAAUGUGAGAUUCUGGUACACCAGAAGACCAUUGAGGAUGCCCAUGGGUAAGUAAUGAAGCUCCCAAAACUUUCACCUUCUUCCCCACUACCUCCCAUCACAUCCUUGGGUAACAUCAGAUACUGGACCAGCCCUAAGAAGGAGUCCAUCUACAGCGUCCAGGGUGCCAUAGUGUCCCCUCACACUGCGGCCACCAAUGGAGGCUACUCCCGAAAGAAAGAUGGGGGCUUCUUCUCCACCUAG